GGGCCACGCACGGUCGCACCGUGCAGUCGCCACCCGGGAGCCGACCGCACCGUCGCCUCUCGUCUUCCUCAGCGCCCAGCAUCCCCGCCCUCGGUGCCCCGCCACUCCAGCUCGCCUUGCCUCUCCUCGGCGCCGCCACGAUCCCGGGCGAUGCCCCGCUACGAGUUGGCUUUGAUUCUGAAAGCCAUGCGGCGGCCGGAGACUGCUGCUGCUUUGAAACGUACAAUAGGAUCCCUGAUGGACCAAGGAGCCAUAGUGAGGAACUUGGAAAGCCUGGGUGAACGCACACUCCCUUAUAGGAUCUCCAGCCACAACCUGAAGCACAACAGAGGCGGGUAUUUCUUGGUGGAUUUUUAUGCCCCAUCAAGUACUGUGGAAAACAUAUUGGAACACUUGAUGCGAGACAUUGAUGUGAUUAGACCAAGUAUUGUGAAACACCCUCUGACCCAGGAAGUAAAAGAGUGUGCCGGCAUAGGCCCAGUCCCACUUGAAGAUAAACUAUAUUCAACAAGGAGAAGAAAGAAGUGAGAAGAUUCACCGGAUUCUGGGCUUGUGUUUAAUCUAAGU